AUGCCUCGUAAUAAAGGUGCAUAUAAUGAUUCAUUCGACAUAUUCAAAGAUUCUAAAGGAAAAGAAAGAUACAAAUGUCGUAAGUGUGGAAAAGAUUGGGCCAAAAAUGAAACAAGACUACAAGAGCAUUAUAAUUCUUGUAUUUUGACAGAAAAUAUAGAAAAUAGAAUUUCUUCUGGAUUUAAACGUCAAUAUCAAGCCACGGUAGAUAAUUUUGUAUAUAAAUUAUCUAAAGCUGAUCAAAAAAAUUUAGAAAGUCUAUUUGCGCAAUACGGUGAUAUUAAUAUUGUAGUUCAAUACUUAUUUAAUCAAAUGCAGUAUUUUUCACUUAUUACUGAUGGUUGGUCUAAUAUUAAUAAUGACUCUAUUAUUAAUUAUAUGGUAACAACACCAAAACCUAUUUUUUACAAAUCAAUUACUACAAAAGAAGAGCAACACACGGCUAAUAACAUAGUAUUAAAUAUUGAAACAAUUAUGUUAGAAGCCCACGCAAUUAAUUUGUGGAUUAAAGAUAUUUUGAAAAUUAAAUGGGCAAAAACUAUUUUAGAAAAAUGUAAAGGAAUUGUAUCAUAUUUUAAAUCGUAUCAAACUAUUUUAGCUACUCUUCGACCUAAAGAUAAUCUAAGAAUCGAUAGUCAUAUUCAAAUUUUAAUUAUUAAUGACAGUUUUUGGAAAGAUCUUAAAUAUCUUUGUGACUUAUUAAAGCCAUUUUUAAUGUUUAUUCACCUUUUAGAGCAAGAUAAUCCUUUACUUUCAGUAGUGUAUAUUAAGUUACUUGAUAUAAAAGCAGGUAUACAUAAGAAUCAGCAAGUUUCUAAAACUUUUUGUGAGGAAGUUUUGCAGUUAGAGCACAAACGAUGGAUUGAUUUUUUGUUUAAUCCAGCAAUUUUAGAUCAUAUUAUAGAAGAAGAAAUUAUACGGCUAGCUGGAUUAGAAAACGAAGAUAAGGCUUUAUCAGAAUUCGCAGAAUAUAUUGGUAAAACAGGUGCUGUAAAAGAAAACCCUCAAAAUUGGCGGAAUUUAGUAAAAGCCAAAUAUCCGAUUCUUUGUUCUGUUGCUUUUAAAGUUCUUUCUAUUCCGGCAACCUCUACUGCAAUAAGUGAUUUAAAAAAAACUGGUGCUAUUAUCGAGAAAGAAAUUAGUGACAAUAUGAUAGAUAAUGAAGUCAAUACUAGUGAAAAUUUGAUAUUCGAAGAUGGAGAAUGGAUGUUGAAUGAAAAUAUGUCUUUUGAAUAUAAUGAAGAGAAUUUUGAAGAAGAUGUUGAAGAUUUUAAAAAAUACUCAGAAAAGAGUUUUGAGAAAAAUUUUGAAGAACAAUUCAACGAAAAAUAUCAUGAAGAUUAUGAAAAUUCCGAGACAUAUUCUGAGGAGGAUUUUGAAGAGUAUUACGAAAGCAAUUUUACAACCAACUUGGAAGAUGAUUAUUAA